GUUCAAGACAGAGUCGAGUGCCGAAACACCAAGAUGCAUGCCCCAUAGACAGACAUCAGUUACGACUGUUUGCAAAACGCGCCCCCGCAGCGAUUACUGUUUGCGAAACCAACGACGACCAAAUGGAAGAAUGAUGCUGGGUUCUUAGAAAAAGGAGCCAGCUUUUAGCACUAGUCGGAAACACGCAAUCAUAACAUGCCCUAGUGAAGGUUUGACCCCCAAGGCCUCUGCAAUCAUGAUAUCCGCCACGAGCCGACUGCUGCCAGCAUCCCUAUCAUGGCUCGAGUCGUUCCUCCUCGACUACUACUACUAUGACAAGUCGAGUCACAGGCCAGAUGGUGGACACAUAGUAGUAGAUCAAGACACGGCGGCACAACCGCCAGCGCCGUCGCCGUGGACCAUAGUGCAGAGACACGAGGCAUACGAGGUUGCGCAGCACGAGAGCACGGUUCGAAUCUGCCUCGACGACGGGCCCCAUCACCACGGCAACUCGCUGACCAUGGCCACGAUGAGAGACCUGACCGAGCAGUUCCGAGAGCUGUCCGCCGACGACGCCGUGCACCGCAUCGUCGUCACGGGCCGCGGCCGCUUCUUCUGCACGGGGAUGGAUCUGAAGGAGGAGGACCUCUUCGCCUCCGUGGCAGACCGAUACGCGGUCCUCCACGACUUCUUCGCCACCAUCGACGCCUGCCCCAAGCCCACCAUCGCCGUGGUCAACGGUCCCGCGUUCGGCGGCGGGGUCGGUCUUGCCAUGGUCUGCGACGUCCGCAUCGCGCUCAGCACCGCCUCCUUCUGCCUGAGCGAGGUGAGGCUGGGCCUGUGUCCCGCCACCAUCUCCAAGUACCUGAUCCGCGAGUGGGGGGUGAGCCUCGCGCGCAUGGCCAUGGUGACCGGUCGACGCAUCGAGACCCAGACCCUCCACGACGCCGGCAUCAUCCACGCCGUCGCCUCGGACAUGGCUUCGGUGGAAAAGGUCCUGCAGGGUUUCCUAGACGAGAUGCGCUACGCGGCACCGCAGGCGGCUGCGUUGACCAAGACGCUGGCUCGAGAAGCGGCGAUCGGCGGCGACGAGGCGCACCUGGAUAAACUGGCCGGUGAGGUCUUUGAUGCCAUGUUGGCACCCGGGUCGGAGUCGGAGUACGGCAUUGCGCAGUUCAAGCGUGGUGUCAAGAAGGUGAUUUGGGGAAAAAGACCUAGGGAGGGGGUUUGAUAGCAAGGUUUGAAUGUAGUAGUACACGAGUAGAAUAGACAGGACUUAGAAUACAAAAG